AUGGCCAGAGGAGGAUUUUACCUGACCCGUCCCUACGGCCUCAGAUCUCAACCCAACGCUGCGCCCACGUCCCCUCCUCGCCAAGCCUCGGCCGCCGCAGCCGCCGCCUUCGCGGACAAGUACAUGGACACCGCCGGCCCCGCGGCCGAGGAGUUCAGCUCCCGCGCUAAGGAGUUCGCCUUCUACCACCAGGGCUACGCCGCAGGGCCUUACCACCAUCACCAGCCCGUGCCCGGCUACCUGGAUAUGCCGGUGGUUCCGGGGCUUGGGGGCCCCGGCGAGUCUCGCCACGAGCCCCUGGGUCUUCCCAUGGAAAGCUACCAGCCCUGGGCGCUGCCCAAUGGCUGGAACGGCCAAAUGUACUGCCCCAAAGAGCAGGCGCAGCCUCCCCACCUCUGGAAGUCCACUCUGCCCGAUGUGGUCUCCCAUCCCUCGGAUGCCAGCUCCUAUAGAAGAGGGAGAAAGAAGCGCGUGCCUUACACCAAGGUGCAAUUAAAAGAACUCGAACGGGAAUACGCCACGAACAAAUUCAUUACCAAGGACAAACGGAGGAGGAUAUCAGCCACAACGAACCUCUCUGAGCGGCAGGUCACAAUCUGGUUCCAGAACAGGAGGGUCAAAGAGAAAAAAGUCAUCAACAAACUGAAGACCACUAGUUAAUGGAUUAAAAAUGGAGCAGAGGAAACUUGAAGAAAUGCUUCAGAACGCAUUGCUUUGCCCAGAUAAUAAUAAUGCUUAAUAAUAAUUCAAGAAAUGGAAAGAGAGAGACACUGGCAUUUUGCUCUCCUCCGGGGAAAAUCUCUUUCUCUGUAAUGGAAUCUACAACUUUUAAAAAACUUUAAGAAAUGAUAAAGACUGCCACUUCUCCCGCCAACCCCACCAGACCAUUACAUGCCAAACUCUAGAGUCAAACGUCAACCCCUAAAUACGCAAUUUCAGAUAAGUUACUCAUUUACUGAAAUCUUGUAAGUAUUUAUGUGACCGUUAUAUUUGAGGACACUAUGUUAGAUGGUAAUAAUCCAAAAGUUGGUUAACAAAAGCAAGUGACUGUUGUAAGCAUCUGCUUGUCCUUACGUUGCCAUCCUCUUUGCAUGUUAGGUGUCUGCUCAGGUAAAUCUUGGUGAAAUUCCUAUAUUGUAUUUUCUGAAAUAUUGUGUGUUCGUGUAUAGGUUUAGAGGGGCGAGAGAAGGUACUGAAAUAAUCUAGAACUAUUUACUCUGAAGGAAGAACGGAGAGAAAGCUCUUCUGAAGAUGAUAUGUCUUGAUAGUAAAUAGGACCAGUUUAAACCUUUGAGGCUACAAAGAAAUUCCAGGUCGGUAAUGUCCUUCCAAGAAUAAUUUUUAGUUGCUUAUAGCAAGCCUGUUUUUGGCAUUUGAACUACCCAUUAUCAGUGAUUUUUCUGAGAAUUCGAUUUUUUUUAAAAUGUUUAAAUCAACACAUAA